GUGGGGAGGAGCUGGGGAAACUGUUUGUGGUUUGUUUUUUUUUCGAAAAACUUUAUUUACAUCAAACAAUAAAAAACAAAGCAGGAAAUGUGAUAGGUAGUAAGUUAUUUGAUCAAAUUAAUUUUGUGUGAUUGUUAGUUAUUUUGAAAAUGUGAUCGUUAAGGACAUUGUAAGAACACUACAAGUAUCAGAGAUAUGUGGGAAGAGUGUGUUCUCUUUAUUUAGAAUUUUACAAAAAGUAACAUAGAAAUUGUCACUCUUACAAAUUAAUAAACUCCUGGAUUUUCCUGGAGCUUAAAGGGACACUAUAGUCACCAGGAGAAUUACAGUUUAAGGUAGUUGUUCUGGUCUGUAUAGUAUGUCCCUGCAGGCAUUUUUUUUCUGGCACUAAGGCCCCACCACCUACCCCCUUCGUGAUACAGAAGUGGUUAAAAACCCCUUCUGUCACUUACCUGGGUCCAGCAUAGAUGUCGCUUGCCGCUAGUUCGGGUCUGCCUUCUCUCCUCCCCUGGCGACAUCAGCCAGCGGGGGAGACCUAAUCCGCAUAUGCGGCACAUAAGGAUUUCCCCAUAGGAAAGCAUUAUUCAAUAGGGAUGUGCAUGGGCAAAAAAUUCAGUUUGGUUCGGCACUUCCAAAAUUCUGGAAUUCAACAAUUUGGAACUUCGGUAAUUCCCUAACCCUAACAGGAGUAGGGUUAGGUGUAAAGGAAGGUUGGGGUAAGGGUUAGGGGUAGGGUUAGUGGAAGGUUGGGGUAAGGGUUAAAGUUAGUAGAAGGUUGGGUUAGGGUUAGGGGUAGGGUUCGGGUUAGAGGAAGGUUGGGGUAAGGGCUAGGGUUAGGAGUAGUGAUGUUGCGAACCGUUCGCGGCGAACUCCGGUCAGCUGACACAUCCCUGCCAAUCUCCGGCAGACCCUCCCUCCCAGACCCUCCCACCUCCUGGACAGCAUCCAUGUGGAAGAUGCCUUCAACAUGGAUGCUGUCCAGGAAGUUCGCGACAUCACUAGUUAGGAGUAGGGUUAGAUUCCUGCCAUCAUUCCCUUAAUUUCCCCUCCCUCUCCUGUUUUCGCCACUUCGGCAAUUUGGUUUGGCACUUCUGAAAUUCGGGACUUCAGCAAUUUGAUUUGGCACUUCCAAAAUUCGGCAAUUGAGAAUGUCCAAAUUCGGAACAAAACGAAUUGCACAUGUCUAUUAUCCAAUGCUUUCCUAUGAGAUUUUGGGUCAUGCUGGACGUCCUCAUGCAUAGCGUGAGGAUGUCUAGCGCCAGGCUACCAAAAGUCGCCUAAUGGCCUGGAAGUCCCUCUAGUGGCUGUCUGGUAGACAGCCACUAAAGUUGGAGUUAACCCUAGCAGGUCAUUUUUGCAGUUUCUUAAAAACUGCAAUAGUUACCUGCACAGGAAUAAGAGACCUGGGACAGUGCACCCAGGAGGUUGGGGUGUGCUUGGGCUGGCCACCUAAAUUGGAUUUUUAAAACUAUAGUGUAAAGAAUACACUAUAGUGUUCCUUUGAAUUUGUGAAACAACAUUGGAAAUCCUUGCGCUUUGCACGAGGCCAUCGUCUUCAAAAUCCCCCUACCACCCUCCUUUUUACCUUAUCUCUUUCCUUUACUUCUUAAGAGUAACAAGGCGCUAUAAUUCCGUGUAUCUACAGGAAUAUUCGUAUUCUAUUAUUUGUAGACAAUCUUCUCUGUUGGGAGGUAUGUUUCAAAUAAUUUACUUUUCACUUGUUAAGUGAACACCUCAAUAAACAUUUUAAUUGCACAAUCUCCAUAGGAAAGCAUUAUUUAAUGUUUUUCUAUGGGGAACCUUUAAUGCGCGCGGUGCUGGCUGAGCAUGUGCAUGAGGUCCUCUUUCAGCAUGUUGUCAUGGGAGGAGAAGAACAAGCCAGCACUGAGGGACCUCAGUUCUGGAAUUAAGGUAAGUGUUAAAAGGUUUAUAAACCUUUUUAUGCUUGGGGGACAUGCCUAAAUUUAGGGACUGGGGUAUAACAUAACAUUAGGAAUACAGUUUGGCUAUUUUCACACUAAAUUUGAAAUACAUCUGGAAUUUUCCUGUGAAUAACCCUGAAAAUGCAUGCCUGUUUUCAUCGGGAGUAGACAUACUAAACAGUGAUUUUCCUUUUUUUCAUUUGGGCAGUGGAGCGUCCCUUUAAGAGGUGCAUUUUAAUUCAAGGCAGAUUUAAAUAUUUAUAUAAUGUAUUAAAAUGUGUCCAUUUUCUUUCCUUCUCAUUCCAUCUGCCCUUUUUAUCCUCACCUAUCUCCCAUUUUUAUCCCACCUUCCUUCCACUCUCAGCUCCCUUUUUAUUAUCCUCAUUCCUACACUAUAUUAUUUAAUUCUUGCUCUGCUUAUUCUUUGCCUAUAGAUACAAACAUGGCUUGCUUGCUGAGCCUUAUAACCCUCAAAACUGUCACUGUCCUAGGUUAAGAUGUGAAUGCCGUCCUUUACAGACUGUAGCAGGAUCUUGUGUCAGCUACAUUAUAAAUAGUCCCCUGUGCAUAAUAAUGUUUUUUUGUUUUUUUUUGCACAUGCUCAUGCAGGCUCUCUGGCUUCCACUACUAAAAUGGCCGCGUCACGUGACCAAAACCACUGCAGCAGCUACUUCUGGUUUAUAGAAACGAUAGGAAGCGGUUACCAUAGUAACAGCGGCCUAGCUGCAGGUGAGUGCAGAGACUCCACGCGUGUGUAUUGCAGGAAAGGAAGGUACGGUAGGUGGGCAUCGCCAGUGUAUCGUUUUAUUAGUAAUAUCGAGACAGUAUGGUUUAAUAAUGAUAAUGUAUCGCCCCCUGUCCGAAAGGCAUGGGAGCUCUGUGCUGUGUGCAUGGCUUUCACGGGCUGGGGAGAACAAGAAAUAAUUACAAAUGUAUACAUCUAGAAGGGCAACUACGAGAUAAUGCAGCAAAUAGUAAUUAUAUUAAAAUCCAGAAGUCAAGGUCAGAAUACCUUGGAUUACAUACCCAGAGAGGGAGGGGUGGGAUACAUACCCAGAGAGGGAGGGGGGUUUACAUACCCAGAGACUGGGGGGGAUACAUAACCAGGGGGAGAGGGAGGGUGGGAUACAUACCCAGAGAGAGGGAGGGGUUACAUACCCAGAGAGGGAGUGGGGUGUUACAUACCAGAGACUGGGGAGAUACAUAACCAGAGGGUUAUAUACCCAGAGAGGGAGGGGGUUACAUACCCAGAGAGGGAGGGGUGGGAUACAUACCCAGAGAAGGGGGGGGGGGGGGGGGUUACAUACCCGGAGAGGGGUGGGUGGCUUACAUACCCAGAGAGGGGUGGGUUUUCUAGAUAAGGUAUACCGUGGGCAUACUGAUUGCAAAAAAAUAUUAAUACUAUAGUUAUUAAACAGAGCAUUGUUCCCCUUAUUGAAUAGUCCACAAACUAGUCUCAUGAUUGUAGGGUUUACUUGCUAAACCAUUACAUUGUAGCCUAUGGAAAACAUUAUUGCAAACAUUUAAGAUUUGGAAAGUAGACAUCCACUCCCCUUUACCAUCAGCUUGCCUAUUUUAGCUGGAAUUUUGCAUUUUGGUUUCAGUGUUCUGCUCUGUAAGUAAUACUUUAAAUUAUAAAUUCUAGUCAGGAAAAUGAUUGAAGUGCAUAGUCCAGGAUCAUACCAAGUAAAAUGUAAAUGCUCUUAGUAAUGUGGUCCUUUGCCUACAUAAAUAAACCCUCAUAGAAAUGGGUAUAUCAUUUAUCAUAUUGAUACAUUUUAAUAUUUUCUUACUAAUUUUUAAGCUGCAGAAAGGACUAAACCUCUGUAGUGCCAUCUUGAUUGUGGAAAUGUGGGUGCCACCCGUGUCUGAAUCUACAUGCUUGCUUGUGAGAAUACAAUAACUUAGUGACAGAUGUCAUUCAGAGUGGUAUUAGUAAAGGUGCUUAUAAUAUUUAAUUAAUUGUGCAGCUAUGUAUUGACCUAUGAAGCUAUUUUUCAGUGAGUGCUUUAUAUCCUUUUGGUUCACUGUACUUGACAGGGAUAUCAUCCGCAAGCUAGCUAAAUGUGUGUGUGUGUGUGUGUGUGUGUGUGUGUGUGUAUAUAUAUAUAUAUAUAUAUAUAUACAAAAAAUAAGAGAUGCACUCUAAGGACUUAUAUAAUCGAUAGUAAAGUAUUUAUUAAAAAGAAAGUUUACAUAAUAAGAUCUUAUUAUGUAAACCUUCUUUUUAAUAAAUACUUUACUAUCGAUUAUAUAAGUCCUUAGAGUGCAUCUCUUAUUUUUUGUAUAUAUUCCAUAACGUGGGAUUGCACCAAGGCACUAAGAAAUUCAUUUUGAAUUGGAGAAAGGGUGAGUGCCAAGCUUUCUGUUUGUUACAUAUAUAUAUAUAUAUAUAUAUAUAUAUAUAUUUCAAGCUGUAAUUAAUAGCUGAGGCAUUCAGAUCUUUCCAUCGAUGGACAGGAUUUUAUCACCAGAUAUGAUUAUCUCUAUUAACAUUAAAAAAAAUUCUAUUUAUCAAUUGCACUGUAUGUGAAAUAUGCUAUCCAAUUAGCGAAUUAUCAGUAAUACAUUAAUCUCUGGUUGUAAGGUCCAUCCCGGUACAUUUUAACUAUGACUCUUUAACCAAAUUUUUUUCCAUCUCAGGCUGUAUAUAUCCAAAUGGAACUUAUGGAAAUUCUGGAACCAGAAGAUAUACCCAAAGAAUCAACAUGGUAAUUAAAUAUAUAUGUGUGUGUAUAUUUGUGGUCUGGUACAAUAAGCCGAGUUAUAGUAAUGGUGGUGUAAAUCGGUUGUGGUGUGCUGGAACCGAUCAUUCGGGUAGGCCUGUAAAAGAGGGAGUGGUGGGUGGGCUGAACCAGGCGGUCUCGGCCCAGAGGAAGGGGAGGUAUGUUUAAUUAUAGGCUGGGUAAAUUCUCUGAAACUGCUAUGUUUAUAAAAAAAAUGGGUUAACCCUAGCUGGACCUGGCACCCAGACCACUUUAUUAAGCUGAAGUGGUCUGGGUGCCUAGAGUGGUCUUUUAAUCUAUGUUACCAUGCAAUACAUGAGAUUAAAGCAACUCUGCUAUUUGCCCUUUGGUCAGAUUAUUUUGACUUGUGGAUUGAGGGUAAAUUAGCUUAGCAACUAAAAUGGAUCUUUACAAAAGAAACAGCGCUAGAAAAACCAAUACUAAAAAAGGGGCAGCAGACCUAAGGUAGGGUUUCCUCUAAGCCCUACCAGUAGGAAUAAUACAAAGGUAAAAAGGGGAUAGGUUAUGCCAAAGACAGAAGUACAUAUUAAUAAAAGUAUAUAUAUAAAAAAAUCCAAUACUGAUGUAAAAUUCGAAACACAAAAGAUACCAAAAGGACCCCCAGAUUAAUACACAUGCUGCAAUUAAGAAAAAAAACAUAAAUAUCGGUAUUCGAGGCAGACCGGGAGCACCUGAUCGCUGAUCGCGCUGUCCCUGCAGCUGUGAUUGCUCUGACAGGCUGUUAACCCCUGAGGGUUAACUUUUAUUUAUUUUUUUAACCCUCAGGGGUUCAAUUUAUUUAAUUGGUUAAUUUAAAUAUUUAAAAAUUAUAUUUUUUGCUAGCUGGGGUGGGUGGGAGUUAUGGGAAAUUGGGGAAUUUACUGUUAGUGCUGCUUACUGCUAGUUGGGGUGUUAAUGGUAAAAAAAAAAAAAGUUUUUAUAAAAAUUUUAAAAGUGUAAAAAAUUUUUAAAAAUGUAAUCAGUAAAGAAAAUACAUUAAAACAUGCUCAUUACCACUACACCUGGAACAGACUAGAGAAAAUAUGAUCCCACACUAAGAUUCAAAAUAUGCCUUUUGAAUUACCCCUGGGUGUAUUAUUUAAUAAAUAGUAUAUGUUUGUGGGGAAGUGUGAAUAACCAACCAGCUAAACUACUCUGAAAUGAAACAUGGACACAGCAUAAAAGUUAGAAACAAUCUGAAUGGCUGCGUCUCAAAUGUGCCCUUUUAACAUCCACCUAUACCUGGAAAAGGUACACACGGGGGUAUUGCUGUACUCAGACGACAUAGCUGGGCAACAUAUGAAGUAUUAUACAAUUGUAGCACACCUAAGGUUUGCAAAAUAUACUGUGCAAACUCACUGUGUGUGUCAAAAAGGCAGAAAAAAAUGCUUAUUACCACUACACUUGGUACAAGCUAGCAGAAAAAUGAUUCUACGCUAAGGUUCAAAAUAUGCCUUUUGAAAUACCCUGCUAUGUCUUCUUUAAGAAAUGGUAUGCCUUUAUGGUGUAGUUGGAAUAUGUACACUGCUCAAGUGCUCCAAAGUGGGACACGGACGCAUCAAAACCCUCCAUGAAAAUUCACACUUAAAAACCUGAACUUGUCUCGUCUCAUUUACAGCACAGUUACUUCACAAAAUAGUGUCUAGGUCAGUGGUAGUCAACCUUUUUCUACCUACCGCCCACUAAUGCAUCUUUUUGGUUUGAAAAAAUUACAUACAAAGACACAUACACACACACACACAUACAGACACACACAAGACAUACAUACAAAGACAUACACAAAAUAUUUUAGUCACCCUCCUGUUUCCUACCUUUCAGGUGCAGGAGGGUGACUUUCCCUGGGGUCCAGUGGUGGCUCAGGUGGGUGGGAGUCAGAGUUCCCACUCUGACUCCGUCUGCUUCCUCCCGCGCGGUCUGUGUGUUAGCUGGGAGGAGUGACGUGCAGUCACUUCCUCCCAGCUUUGUGAUGUAAACACAGGGGGCCGGUCGCGCUGUUAAAGCGGCCAGCGAUGACCGGGCCCCCUCACAAUCCACAUCCAUCGGGUGGCGCUGACAGCAUGGGCCACCCGAUGGACCCCUCCUUAUGGGGCCCCGGUGGUUUGCCGCGAGGGCCGGGGCCGCAAGUGGCGAUGGCGGUAACCGGUUGCAGGGGUACCGCCAGCUCGCGCCCGCCCAAUCUCUCAAAACUAGAAAAUCCCUACCACCCACCUGGAAUCCUGAAACGCCCACUAGUGGGCGGUAGGGACCAGGUUGACGACCCAUGGUCUAGGUCAUAUAUUGGGCAUAUUGUUUUACUCAGAAGAUGUAACUGAGCAUACUUUGAGGUUUUUUAUGACAGUGGUACAUAUUAAGUGUAAAAAGUACUCAGCAAAAAUGCAACAUAUAUGUAAAAAUGCAAUUUUUUUUCCCCUCACCACAAACAUUGACAUAAAUUGGUGAAAAAAUGGGGGCAAGUUAAGUCACAAUGUAUUCCAUAUAAGAUAACCUGGGGUGUCUACUUUAUCAAAUGAAAGCCCUUUGUUUAGUUAUUUGAACAGUCACGCUGCUAUAAUACCCUAAAAUGAGACAUAGGCCUGUCAAAUCCAUCUACGAAAAUUCUAACUUUAGUAACUGAAAUAGCUUUGUCUCUUAUAUGGCAUUGUAGCUUUGCAGAAUAGUGCCAAAGGCAUACAAUGGGGAUAUUGUUUUACUCAGCAGAUGUAGCUGAACACAAUGUGGGGGAAUAGCACAUACCAGCUUUACGAAAUACACAUUACAAAAACCUGGUUAUAUGUGUAUAUGCCAAAAUAUAGAAAAAAACACAAUUUUAGAUUGAUGAUGAAAUUGCUACUUACAAAGUGUCAAACUAACCGUAGGUAAAUAGCAUGUGAAGUCUUUAUGUAACUAUAUACUUUUGUGUGGCAAUUUUGUUUUCUGUGAUGGCUAUUAAACCUACAAGGCAAACAUACCAAAUGCUAAAAUUGCAUAUUAUGUACUCUAUAAAUCAAGACACAUCAAUAAAUUUAUUUUGAAUUACUUUUUCUAAGCUGGACAUAUUAUGCACACACUAUUAUUGCCAAAACUGUUGGGGGAAAAUAUAUAUAUUUUAGUUUUUCUCCCCAUUUUUUUUUUUUUUUAAAUAUUCAAUGAGAAUUUAUCUAUGUAUAUGUGACAUAAAAUUAAAGCCCUGUUUGCCUUCUAAAAAAAGGUAUAUAAUAUGUAUUGGUGCAAUAAAUGACAGAGAUGCAAGUUGUGUUUGAACACAAACAGCAAAAAAUGCAAAAUUGGCUUGUGUCCUUAAGGGUAAGACAAGCUUUUGAAACUAUGUCCCUAAGGGGUUAAUAAAAUGCCAAAACAGUCAAUGAAAAGCAGGUCAUUAGGGGAAAUAAUUAAAGGACCACUCUAGGCACCCAGACCACUUCACUUCAGCUUAAUGAAGUGGUCUGGGUGCCAGGUCCAGCUAGGAUUAACCCAUUUUUUUUAUAAACAUAGCAGUUUCAGAGAAACUGCUAUGUUUACAAAUGGGUUAAUCCUUCCUCCAAUUCCUCUAGCGGCUGUCUCAUUGAUAGCCGCUAGAGGCGCUUGCGUGAUUCUCACUGUAAAAAGCACAGUGAGAGCAUGCAAGCGUCCCUAGGAAAGCAUUGUAAAUGCUUUCCUAUGCGACCGGCUGAAUGCGCGCAGCUCUUGCCGCGCGUGCGCAUUCAGCCGAAUGGGAGGAACGGAGGAGGAGAGCUCCCCGCCCAGCGCUGGAAAAAGGUAAGUUUUUACCCCUUUCCUCUCCCCAGAGCCGGGCGGGAGGGGGACUCUGAGGGUGGGGGCACCCUCAGGGCACUAUAGUGCCAGGAAAACCAGUAUGUUUUCCUGGCACUAUAGUGGUCCUUUAAGUUUAGUGAUAAAAUGUGUCCAGAAUCUGCUGGAGACACAAUGUGUUUAGAGGACUCUCCUAUAAUUAAACAAGGAAAUUAAAGUGACUGUGAGUUUCCGAUGAAAGCAGCAGGUUGAUUCAGUAGUAAACAUGAGAUAGGAUUGACACAGGCUGACUAGCAAUCUUAUCACUUGGAGCCUAUGUGAAAUGGUAGGAUACACACUGAUCAGCCACUACAUUAAAGCCACCUGCCCAAUUUCAUAUAGAUCUCUACAUUAUUGCUAAAAGAGCUCUUAUGCAUCCAGGUGGGCCCUCCAGGGAUCAGAUUUGUUGCUUCAGCACAUCCCACAGAUGCUCAACUUGACUGAGAUCUAGGGAAUUUGUAGGCCAAGGCAAAACCUGAACUCAUUGUCAUGUUCCUCAAACCAUUCCUGUCCUGGAUAAUUGUUGCAGUGUGCAACAUAGUCAUAAUAAGUAUUUCAUAAAGAAUCUUUGUGGAAUAUUUAUUUGGGGGAGGAGGGGGGAUGACAGUGCUGCUUUCAAAGGGCUCUUUAAGGUGCCUAGAACCCACACUUUUCUUGGCUUCAUUUGAUAAUGAGGCAUUAACACUUUCUCAUUGUCAAUUUCAUCUCGAUGGCAUUGAUUGGCUGAGAGCAUUGGGCUAAACCAUCCUCAGACUUUCCAGCCAAUCACUGCCAUCCAUAUUGGACAAAAUUGACAUUUAUAAUGUAGAAGUUUUAUUUCCAUGUAUUUGGUAUUCAGAAAGAGGUUAUGUUACCUAGCAUACCCCUUUAAGGGCUAUGGGAACUACUAAAGGCCGAUGAACCUUCUCUGGAUUAGAUGCAUGUAUCCCCUCGAUUUGAUGUCAGUUUGGUGCACUGAAAAAUGCAACACUCAUACUUGGCUGAGAUUGAGCACGAUUGAUGUGAUGUAAGCCUUGAAACAGAGGCAGUGUGCAAAAGAGCAGCAUGGGACAUGAUUACAGCAGCUUGCAGGUUUCCAGGGUGAAUAUUCCUGACACAUGUUGCCAUUGACACAUGUAGCAAUUCUGAUGCAGAUGUAGGACUCACGUUGAUAGAUAUACAUUGAGUCUUCUGCUCAUUUCAUUCCAUUCCAUACAAACUGCAUAAGAUUGAGACCUAACCCAUGGUACUAGAGUGAUUUACAGGGAGUGCAGAAUUAUUAGGCAAAUUAGUAUUUUGACCACAUCAUCCUCUUUAUGCAUGUUGUCUUACUCCAAGCUGUAUAGGCUCGAAAGCCUACUACCAAUUAAGCAUAUUAGGUGAUGUGCAUCUCUGUAAUGAGAAGGGGUGUGGUCUAAUGACAUCAACACCCUAUAUCAGGUGUGCAUAAUUAUUAGGCAACUUCCUUUCCUUUGGCAAAAUGGGUCAAAAGAAGGACUUGACAGGCUCAGAAAAGUCAAAAAUAGUGAGAUAUCUUGCAGAGGGAUGCAGCACUCUUAAAAUUGCAAAGCUUCUGAAGCGUGAUCAUCGAACAAUCAAGCGUUUCAUUCAAAAUAGUCAACAGGGUCGCAAGAAGCGUGUGGAAAAACCAAGGCGCAAAAUAACUGCCCAUGAACUGAGAAAAGUCAAGCGUGCAGCUGCCACGAUGCCACUUGCCACCAGUUUGGCCAUAUUUCAGAGCUGCAACAUCACUGGAGUGCCCAAAAGCACAAGGUGUGCAAUACUCAGAGACAUGGCCAAGGUAAGAAAGGCUGAAAGACGACCACCACUGAACAAGACACACAAGCUGAAACGUCAAGACUGGGCCAAGAAAUAUCUCAAGACUGAUUUUUCUAAGGUUUUAUGGACUGAUGAAAUGAGAGUGAGUCUUGAUGGGCCAGAUGGAUGGGCCCGUGGCUGGAUUGGUAAAGGGCAGAGAGCUCCAGUCCGACUCAGACGCCAGCAAGGUGGAGGUGGAGUACUGGUUUGGGCUGGUAUAAUCAAAGAUGAGCUUGUGGGGCCUUUUCGGGUUGAGGAUGGAGUCAAGCUCAACUCCCAGUACUACUGCCAGUUCCUGGAAGACACCUUCUUCAAGCAGUGGUACAGGAAGAAGUCUGCAUCCUUCAAGAAAAACAUGAUUUUCAUGCAGGACAAUGCUCCAUCACACGCGUCCAAGUACUCCACAGCGUGGCUGGCAAGAAAGGGUAUAAAAGAAGAAAAUCUAAUGACAUGGCCUCCUUGUUCACCUGAUCUGAACCCCAUUGAGAACCUGUGGUCCAUCAUCAAAUGUGAGAUUUACAAGGAGGGAAAACAGUACACCUCUCUGAACAGUGUCUGGGAGGCUGUGGUUGCUGCUGCAUGCAAUGUUGAUGGUGAACAGAUCAAAACACUGACAGAAUCCAUGGAUGGCAGGCUUUUGAGUGUCCUUGCAAAGAAAGGUGGCUAUAUUGGUCACUGAUUUGUUUUUGUUUUGUUUUUGAAUGUCAGAAAUGUAUAUUUGUGAAUGUUGAGAUGUUAUAUUGGUUUCACUGGUAAUAAUAAAUAAUUGAAAUGGGUAUAUAUUUGUUUUUUGUUAAGUUGCCUAAUAAUUAUGCACAGUAAUAGUCACCUGCACACACAGAUAUCCCCCUAACAUAGCUAAAACUAAAAACAAACUAAAAACUACUUCCAAAAAUAUUCAGCUUUGAUAUUAAUGAGUUUUUGGGGUUCAUUGAGAACAUGGUUGUUGUUCAAUAAUAAAAUUAAUCCUCAAAAAUACAACUUGCCUAAUAAUUCUGCACUCCCUGUAUUCUUCACUAUCCUUCUUUACUGUUUUUAUCAGAUAGUUUGUUCACAACUUGAUUGAAGGCGUGCCCAAUUAGCUGUAAUAUUUUUUUUUUUUUUGUUUAAUAUCAUUUUUAUUGUGUUUUCAGUACGUAAAGUCAUUGCAAGGGGUACAGAAUAGAGAAGGGGUUGACAGAAAUAUAACAUAGUGGGGAUCCUGUAGAGUUAUACAAAAUGAUUAAAACAGAGUUUUUUCGUAUACGUAAACCUGUCCUAUGUUAACGGAAUGUGGUGAUGGGGAAGGGGCAGGGGGAGAUGAAGUGAACGGGGGGAGGGCAGUGGUUGGGAAGUGGGGGAUCCUGUCGCUACCUGCCUGUAUAGAAGUUUAGAUUCUGGAGUCUAGAGUUUUCCGGCUCUUUGUGGUAAGGUGUUUUUGAUUUCCGUAUAAGACUGAUUCAAGUACUCUCGCUACGGCUAGUUAUGAGCGCAUUUCCUGCGGGGGGGCUUUCCCAGUAGGUGAGCCAGGGUUUCCAGAUUAUGAGAUAUUUAGCUCUCUUGCCCUGUGUCGACCAGUGGAUCUCCUCUAGCUCUCUGGUCCGCUCUACCCUUUGGACCCAUUGGUCUCUAGAGGGCGUUUGCGUUUGUCGCCAGAGCAUGGGUAUAAGUGCAUUGGCCUCGCCUAGGAGGAUGUUUAGAAGUUGCUGUUUAUACGGGUCUAUCAGUGCCCGUGGCCACCCUAGUAGUACUUGGGAGGGGGAUAUGUGUGCCCUCAUGGAUAGGAGUUUCUUAAUGUCCGUGAGUAUCAUGUCCCAGAAUGGUGCUAUGUUCUUGCAGCUCCACCAUAUGUGUUCCAUGUUGCCCUCUGCUCUCUCGCACCUCCAGCACUGGUCGCUUACUGUGGGCCAGUAGGUGUGGAGAAGGGCUGGUGUUCUAUACCAUCUGGUGACCCUUUUGUAAAAUGUUUCUUUGCGGGCGAUGCUUAGUGAGGAUUUCAUCCCUGAGGUCAUGAUGUGUGCCCAGUCACUAUUCGUCAUGUGAAUGUGGAGUUCCUUCAUCCAUUUUCGUUGGUAUGGGGGUCUGGGUGUAUCCACUGCUUCCAUUUGGAGGAGGCGGUAGAUGGCCGAUAGGGGCCGUUUUGUUUUAUUGCCCUGGGAGCAUAGGGAUUCGAAGAGCGUCUUGUCCCUUUUCCUCCACAACGGGAGGACCGAUUGGGUCAAGAAGUGGGUUAGCUGGGCUUUGGCCAUAAUGUCUAGUAAUGUUCCUCUGUUACCUGGUGUGAGGAAGGCCUUUAUUUUAGGAGGGUCGUCUCCUGUUAAGACCGUCGCUACUUCUGGGCAGACCUCUCCAGUGACCCGAGAUAGAGUAGUGCUUCCCUGACCGUUUUGGAAGUCUGGGUUGUUGGCCAGAGGGAAAAACUGGGACAGACCGGGGGAUAGUCCCCAGUCCUCUCUAUGUCUCCUCCAUGUCCGGAGUGUGUUAUGGAUGAGGGGGUGGUGUGUUGGGGUAAGUGUUGUGAGUUGGCAUGUCUGCCAAGGGAGCGUGUGGAGAGGGACCGUCGCAAAGCUCUGUUCAAGUUUGUACCAGGCUUUUGGCGUGUCAACCUUAUUCCAGUCCCUGACUCGUGUGAGGAGAACUGCUACGUAGUAUUUGUAUAGGUGAGGUAAGCCUAACCCUCCCCUCCCCGGUGGCGCUGUUAUUGUCGAGUAUGCCAGCCUCGCAGGCUUGUUUCCCCAUGUGAAUUUUACGAGUAUGGAUCUCAAGCGUCGGAAGAAUUCUCCCGGUAGAGGGAUCGGGAGGGUCUGAAACAGGUAUAGUACUUUCGGUAGAGUCAUCAUUUUGAUUAUAUUGACCCGACCCAUUAAUGAAAAUUGGGGUGAGUCCCAUUUUUUGAGGUCUUGGGCUAUAGUGUCUAUGAGUGUCGGGAAGUUCUGAGUGUACAGGUCCUUGAGUGACGGGGCUGUAAUAUUUAUUGAAUAAUAUUCAUCUAAUGCAGGGGUCCUCAAACUGUUUACACGGGGGGCCAGUUCACUGUCCCUCAGACACUGUUGGGGGCCAGACUACAGUUUGAAAAAAAUAUGAACAAAUUCCUAUGCACACUGCACAUAUUUUAUUUGUAGUGCACAAAAAACUGGAAAAACAAUACAAUAUUUAAAAUGAAGAACGAUUUUAAUCAACAUAAAAAUAAGUAUUUCAAUUUUAAGUAUGGGCCUACUUUUGGCUAAUGAGAUGGUCAAUAUCCGGUUUCCAUAUUUGUCACUGCUAGUCGUAGCAAGUGAUUCAAGUGUUCAUGAGUUAGUCUGGAUAUGAUUGGAGAUUUCAGAUGUUUUAUUCGAGAAAAGGUCUGUUCACAGACAGGGGCUUACAAAGAUGGUUGCAAUUUUGAGUGCAGGGUUCCUGAGGUUAAGAUAUGUCUCAGAUGGGAACGAUACAUAGAAAUUAGUAAGGGUGCUUUCUUUGAAUGCGUCUUUCAGAGAGUCACAAUUCUGUAGUCCGGCCAAUUCCAUUUGGUAAAUCGGAUUAACAAUUUCAAUGUCAACAGAAAAUGGGUUCCAGAAAAGCUGUAUGUCCUGUUCAUUGAGACAAAGCUCUUUAAAUGUAAUUUGAAACGGUUUUUGCAACAUUUCUAGUAAAUUCACACGUUUUGUUUGGGUUUUUCCACCAACAUGUUUUGAGUUGUGGGGAGAUGGCAGAAGUUUUCCUCCUUCACUUGUUUAAUGAGGAGGUCUAAUUUUAUUUAAAAUGCUUUCACAUGUGAAUGCAUAUCACAGAUGAGCUUCCCCUUUCCUUGUAGUUUAACAUUGAAACUGUUGAGUAGCUCUGUUACAUCUGUCAGAAAGGCAAGGUGCCAUUUCCAUUUUGCAUCUUUGAGCUCUGGUACUUCUUUGUUAUUCGAAAGCAUAAAAGCAGAAACCUGUGGAACGUAAAAACGUUUCAAAACUCUCCCUUGACUCAGCCAAAGGACUUCUAUGUGGUACAGAAUAUCUUCAUAGGCAACAUUUAGCUCAGACAGAAAUUCCUGAAACUGUCUGUGGUUAAAGGGACACUCCAGGAACCCAGACCAUUUUCUGCCCAUUGGAGUGGUCUGGGUGCCAACCCCCACCACCCUUAAUCCUGCAAGCUAUGCAUAAGGACCUCCAGCGUUGCCGAAAUCCUCUUAGGAAUGCAUUGAAUAAUGGUCAUUGCCGAAUAGUGGACAUUGCCGAGCAUGCGCAUUAGGUCUCCCCCGCCGGGUGACGUCAGCAGGGGAGGAGCGUAGGCGGAGCCUGACCCAGCGCCAAGGGACAUCAGCGCUGGCUUAAGGUAAGUGACUGAAGGGGUUUUAACCCCUUCAGCAACAUGGGAUGGGGGGGGGGGGAGGGAGAGGGGCACUGCAGUGUCCUGCAACGGAUAUGUUUUCCUGGCACUGGAGAGUCCCUUUAAGUGCAAGAGCUCUAAUGAAGUUAGUACAAGAUACCACGAUUUUCAUGACAGAGUCCAACUUCAGUGAUUUACAACACAGUGCUUGUUGGUGGAUGAGGCAGUGUAUUGUUAUUGGAUGUGAAUGGUUGUGUUUGUCCAUCUCUUUGUUAAUGCGUGCAACCACUCCUUUCAUAGACCGCACCAUGCUAGGAGCACCAUCAGUUGUCACACUGGCUAGUUUAUCCCAGUCAAGCUCCAAAUUAUUCACAGUUUGGAAAACAUUUUCAUAGAUAUUGUCAUAAUUCUGAGUAGGUCAGAGAGGAAACUUAUGUCAGGGUUGACUUCAGGUACUUGAUAGGAAUUAUUAGACAUAAUAAGAGUAUAAAGGCAAGAGGGGGAAUGGAAUAAUAAAUAUAGAGAAAGUAGAACCUAUAAACAGAGUUACCGGUAAGAAUAUUAAGCGAUAACAGAAAACAAGAGUUAGGCAAUAAGCCCCAGACAGGAUUAUAAAGUAACAGGAAAACCUGUUAGAGUUAAUAGAAGGAACAGGAGUGAAGGUUUAGACAGUAUUCCCUAAGCAGGUUUACGGUAACAGGGAUACAGUUACAUAAAACUAAACAGAAACAUAAAGAAUAAAGUAAAACAGCUCAAGUUAGUAAUUGAGCGAGGUGAUCAGCCUCUUUGGUAUGAUGUCAGAACUGCAGUUUCAGGGUAUUUUAGGAUACUUGCAAAUAAUAGGAAAGUCUGUAAUAUCCAGGUAGGUUGGAACAAAAUCAAUAUGAAAAUAAAGCAAGUUUGUUUUGGAGUUCAGGUUGGAAUAAAUCAGGAUGGUUCAAGGUAAGUAUGUUGAGUAAAGCAGGUUUUCUUCAGCUCAAUGAAGUGGUCUGAGUGCCAGGUCCCCCAGCCGCUAGAGGCACUUCUGCAACGCUGGAUGUGAAAUUCGCAUCCUGCGUGCAGAACGUCCAUAGGAAAGCAUUGAGAAAUGCUCUCCUAUGGACUGUUUGAAUGCGCACGCAGCUCUUGCUGCGCAUGCACAUUCCACUCCACUCGGGAGCUGACGUCGGCGGAGGAGGAGAGGUCACCAGCGCCGAGGGAGCCCGGCGCUGGAUAAAGGUAAGUGGCUGAAGAGGUUUUAACCCCUUCAGUGCCAAGGGAGGGGGACCCUGAGGGUGGGGGGGGGGGGUUUUAAGGAUGCUAUAGUGUCUUGAAAACAAGUUUGUUUUCCUGACACUAUAGUGAUCCUUUAAAAUAUAUAUUUUGAAACAGCAAUGUCCAACUUGUACUUAUUAGCCCUAUAACUUGUACACAAAAAAAAAAAAAAAAAGCAUGUAAAUACUAGGUGUUUUUAAACUCAGGACAAAAUUUUGAAUCUAUUUAGAAAUGUUUUUCAUUAGCUUUUGUAGAUAAGUUAAAAAAAAAUAUAUAUAUAUAUAUAUAUUUUUUUUAAGUUAAUUAUAUGAUACAAAUAAUAGUAUGUAAAGAAAGCCCUUGUUGUCUUGAAAAAAAAACCAAACAAUAUAUAAUUUGUAUGGGAACAGUAAAUGAGAGAGCAGAAAAUUACAGCUAAACACAAACAUCACAAAAGUGUUAAAACAGCUCUGGUCCUUAACGUACAACAUGACCAAAACAGUCCGGUCCUGAAGGGGGUUAAAGGUAUUUGUUUUUUUAUUUUUUUAUUUUGUAUGUGGAUUUUUUUUUAACAUAAUACGUCUACAGCAACUGCUUUUCAUGUUUCUCCAGGUAUGCCCUUGUUCCACGCGGCGAGGCUCCACGUUCACGUGUAGGUCAUACCUGUAUGUAUUUACCUGCCACUGAAGAGUCAGAAAAAGGAAAAGUUCUCAUUAUUGCUGGGGCAAAUCCUGAUAGCUGCUUUUCUGACACCCACAUCCUAGACCUUGGUAAAUAAAUUGGGCUUUUACAUGCUGUCUCUUUUAUAAUGAGAUUGGUAAAACGCUUUAAAAAUGUUCAAGUGGAAUAAAUUAUGUGCACUAUUUAAUAGCAUAGUAAGGAAAAGCACAAUAUUAACGUAACAUAGUUAGGAAAAGCACAAUGAUAACUUAAAGGGACUCUAGAUCAAGCAUGUCAAACUCAAAGUCUGGCACGUGCCACAUAAACAAGGUUUAAGUUUAUGUGGGCUGCAAAAAAAUAAUACCUUAAAUUUUCAUAGAAACUUAGGUUUAUUUAAAAAAAGUACAGUAUAAAAAAAAAAACAGCAUUCCCCUCUACUAAACCACCCCCUCUACUAAAUCCCAGUCCCCCUCCUCUACUAAACCAAAGCACCCCCACUACCACCCUGUGCCAAAUCUGAUCCUCCUGCUACUUUGAAACCCUGUGAAGGUGGAGCACGUCAAUGUCACGUGGCGCUGCGGUAGUAUCAUGGUGUCUCUGAAUGUCCUCUUUCCCGGUGACAUUGUGCUACAUGAUAAUAAUGAUUAUAAUUUGCACAAAUAUCGUGUCAUUUCUCAUAAUGGAUGCUAUGCAGUUUUUCACCGGUCUUUUUCAUUUUAUGUUGCACCAAUGAAUGGUCUUUUUAGGCAUGAGUUCUUGUCAGGACGUUACUCUAUCCUGAUAGGUAGAUAAUAAAAGAAGAGCGAUUUGGGAAGGAGUCAUGUCGCAGCUCAGUUCACAGUGUUCUCUCAUUGGCUGAGCUUCGUACGUAGUGUGAGAACACCCAGUUUGGGAAAAUUUUGGGGUAUGACUAAGGGGACAGAGCAAUGCUGCAGAAGAUUGUUAAACAGGAAGACAUUAAAGGAGCACUAUAGUGCCAGGAAAACAAACAUUAGGUCCCCCCCUCCCUCAGGGUUGAAGUGGUUAAAACCCCUUUAGCCACUUACCUUUCUCCAGCGCCAGGCUUGCUCUGUGCUGGGGAACUCUCCACCCCUGCUGACGUCAGAUCCGAAUGCGCGGCAAGAGCCGCGCGCGCAUUCAAACAGCCCAUCUGAAAGCAUUACUCAAUGCUUUCCUAUGGACAUCCAUCGUCUUCUCACUGUGAUUUCCACAGUGAGAAUCGCGGAAGAGCCUCUAGCGGCUGUCAGUGAGACAGCCACUAGAGGCUGGAUUAACCCUCAGUGAAACAUAGCAGUUUCUCUGAAACUGGUAUGUUUUCAGCUGCAGGGUUAAAACUAGAGGGACCUGGCACCCAGACCACUUCAUUGAGCUGAAGUGGUCUGGGUGCCUAUAGUGGUCCUUUAAUACAGGUAAACAUCAAAAUAUAAUCUACAAAGUGCAAAAUUGCAUAUGUUCCAUUAAACUAAUACAUCAAGUAAACACAUAAACAAUUUAAAAAAACACAUUUGUAUUAAGUUUUUCCAUUGUCUGGAAUAGAAAAACCAUAUGUGUGUGUAUGUAUGUAUGUGUAUAAUAUUACAGAUAGCCAAUACACCCAUACAAUAUUUGUGUGUUAUAUUAUGCAACAGGAAAUUUUCAACACAAAUAUAGAACACUAUUUGCAACAUUGAAGAAUACCCUUAAGUAUUGUAAUACAUUUUGGGGGAAAUUAUUUGUAACUCAACCACAGGUGAAUGAAGAAAUUUGAUACUGUCACUUUAAGAAAAUAUAAUUUAAUUUAUUAAAAUAAAGUAAUUUCACUUUGGCAGACUUCUGCAGCAAUAAGGAUAUGAAAUAAGGCAGAAAUAAUGAGAAUCUUGUUUCAGUACUGCUUUACAAGAAUAUAGUGUUUAGAAAUUAAUUAAAAUAAGGAAUGCUUAAUAAGCAGUAAGUAGUAUAGUCUGUUAGACUUCGAUAUAGUUUUGACAGAGCAGGUGAUUCCUGUUGUUGGAAAGUAACAGUCUUUUAACUUGAACCAGUAAAUAUUGGCAAUGAUAUAUAUAUAAUCUCCUGGUAUGAGAAGUGGUUAUAGUCUUUUAGACUCCAAUAAUAAUAAUUAACAUAAAUGAGCACUUUAGCAAAUUAGAAUUUCCACAGAGAUAGCAAGGGGAAUUCCAGAGGGCAGACUUUAGUAUUCCUUUUCCUUCCAAAAUAACUUUAGGUAAGAACUAAUUAGUAAUCCCAAUAACUGGAGAACAUAUAUUGCCUUUCUUGGAUGAUGAGCAUUGUAGUCCUUUCCAGAGUAGAGUGGACUAUGGUUCCCUGAAGUAAGUGGAGAGAUGCAGGAAUCCGAAGUGAAGUCUGUUCUUUGUCAGGAAGUAGAGCGUAGACAGGAACAAAGCCAGAGAGGUUCGGUACACAGGAAAUCAGUUAGCAGAGCUCCGUCGGGAAGUGGCAACAAUGAAGCAAGUAGUGAGAGCAGAUCAAAGGUGAACAAACAUUGAUUGAGCAAUUUGGAUGCGAUCGCGGCUCCUUUUUGAAGGGAAGCGGGUGGCCUCAGACGCAUGGGCAGAGACGGAUCGGCGAAACACGGAAGUUAUACGGGUAAUGCCGAUCGGUCCGAACAACAUGGAGAAAUUCUGACAGGUGUAUUGAUUUUAUAUCCUUGUCUUUUCCUGAGUAAGUCCCCCAAUUUUUUUUUUUUUUUUUUUUUAAUUCUUUAUUUUUGUAGUGCAUUUUGAGAAUAACAUACAAGCGUGAGGUACCCCGACGGCAAUCCUCAAGCAUAUUUGCAACACAUAUAACAAUGGGGUAGACCAGUAUGCAUGCACAAUUUUAAAUUUAUAGUCUCUUACAAUAGGUUAUGUUAAAACAAGCUAGUCAGAAGACAUAGAUAACAUUCUAAAAUUUAGCUGCUGUGGAGAGGCAGGUAUAGGAAUUAAAAGUAACAGCGAAAAUUAUAAACGGUAUUAGUGAGCGGGGCUAUGGUUAUUCCGUUUCUGUAUAUGAUACCGAGGAAAGGUAGCACAAGCCAUUCUCUCUGGACCCAGCCUAGGUGCAUAGCAAUGUCAAGAUGGCAAUAAGGUAUUUUAUAAGUUAUGGUAGCCGUAGAUGAUCAAUGUAUCAAGGUGUUAUAUUAAUUUUGGUGUCUACUUGUGUCAAGCAUGUCAGGCGGUAAUAUAAUUAUGGUCGCAAUCUGGAACAGCCAGUUAGUGUGGUCCAGAUGCAUUUGCUAGGGAAUGGUAGCAUAAAAUAAUAAUAAAAUGGCAUAGUUGGUAACUUCAAAAUAGGUUUAUCGUAAGACAUAACUAAUUUCACGUAUCUGUAAUGGUACGUGCAAUGAUGAGACGCUUUAUAUAAGCUCAAUAAUAUUUCUUCAGUAUUUGCAUGUGGUGCAAAGGCAGGGUAGUAUAGGCCUUCUGCCUUGGACCCAGCCUAAAUAUGGCCGAGCUUCAGGUCGGUAGUAAGGCUGUAUGUGAGUUGUGAUAGCCACAUGUGUACGGAGUAUUGAUGUGAUGUUUUCCUUCACAAUGAGUUGUUGCGAGUUAGUGUAUUAGUAUGCCGGGUUAAUAGGUAAAUGGGAGCAUAGGUUAAUGCCACUGCAUGGUUCGGCGUAGUGACUAAACUCCUGUUGCUGUAUAAGAAACAAAAGUUGUUCCCUCCUUCUAAGAAGGGGAAACGUGGAUAGGGAGAGAGGGCCUACGUGAAGUCCCCUGUUAAGCGCCAGUGGGAAAGUAUCCCAGCGCUCCAGAGGGCCUUGUGCCAUGCACGCGCAGCCGGGCAUAAUAAGACACCCUAAACUAAGAUAAUUGGAGAAAGUAAAAACAGUUGAAAUAAAAUAAGAAAAUCCCUGCUUGAGAGUGCCUCUAUCUUCCUGACUGCCAUAUGUGAAGGCUAUCUCCUCGUGCAAGUGUGUCAUCUUGCCUCCUGUCUCAGAGGAGAUUAAGGACUGGUGUGAAACUUCCGUAGAACAAACCCAGUGCAUCAACAGCCAGACCCCAGGGGCGCCAGUUUCAUUACUGCUACCCGACCCCAGGUAAAGCCCCCCACCUUGAGCUUCCCGGUACAGUGGGCACUCGAGGAUCCCCCCAGUCUCUGAUACCCCCCUUUAGAGUCCACCGGCUGGGCGGCCUCUGCACCCCCACUGUCCCAGCAGAGUCUCAGUAGGUCAAAUAGGGCACUCCUGUCGGCUCCCUCUGUCGCCCGCCACUCCUCCAAAGCAUGGGCCCCGCGGCCACCGGUCCGCCGCAGGCCCCCAUAGUCCAGCCCGGCCAGGCUCACAGCGACAGGGUGCAACACCCUCCAGGUCUCCAGAUCGCCUAGGGGUAUGGGACGCUGCUGUCCAUCUUGAGACCACCUGGUCCUCGUGCCGUAAUAACUUGUCAGCCGUCCCUCUGAGGCACAUGUGCGAUGCAUGGGUAAGUAUGUUGAGAUUCAGUUCCUCUGUUUUCCGGCAGGGUAAGAAGAUAUCCUCCGUAGUGUGAGCCCUUCUUCCCAUGUAAUGUCUUGGCACACUUGAUCAAAGCUGUAUCCUGAGUCCAGUAAGUGAAGGCUGGGGGCCAUUAGCACAGAGGUAGAAACUUAAAACCGGGUAAUAGGUGACCGGGAUGACCGAGGGGAGCGGGGCUGCAGCGUUAUCAUUCCCUGUUGCAAGUUGGGGAUUUCAGUUACCUCCAUAUUGUGAUGUCUCAUGGGACGCUGACAGAGCCUUUCCAGCUUCAGCAGUAGGCUGCAGGCUCAUGCCCUCCAGUAGGCCCGAGGCUUCAGAAUCCUCAUAUUUCUUGGAUCUUCAGCCCCAGACUGGUAUCUUUUUUUAAUGCUUGUGUGUUCCUCUGUUCUAGUAUACUGUGUUGAGGGCCAGAUGGUCAGUUUACGAACGGUAAAUUAGCUUUUAUUCAGGCUCAGGACCGGAGCUGCAUGAGAUGGCUUCCUUUCAGCUCGACGGUCCAGCCCCGCCCCCCCGUCCCCAAAUUUUUAACCUAUUCAUUAUACAACGCUGAUGCAUAUAUUAAGAUGAGAUAAUGAUAAACACCUUUUAAAAAAAAACAGGGAGUGCCAUCUUGGAGGCUUUUCCAUACAUGCGAGGAUUGGCAAAGAUGCAAUUUGUGUCCAUAUGUCUUGUAGGCUCUGUCUUUGGAGAUGACUAUCACAUGCAGUCACAUUUUCAGGACUUACAGGGAUCAUAAUACAGCUCAGGGGGUCAUUGAGUAUCUAGAGAAUAAGGUCCGGGGCAAUUUGAAAUUCACUUUGAAUUCUCAUUUUAGUGAAUUAACUGUGGCAGUCUUUACACUAGUGAUAGUUUCAACUGGAGGAAAUAACCCACUGUUUUAGCAGAGUGACACGCAAGCAGGAGAUGCAGGCUAUUAAAGUUUAUUUUGAUACAGAUUGUAUUGUAUGAAAAAAAUUUAAGGAACACUCCACAGCCCAUAUAAAAAAAAAAAAUCAUUGCGUGUGUGUGUGUUUCUCUAACACCUUGUUGAUCUGUCUGCUGUAUAAAAAAGGAACAGUAGCACAAGCCCCAAUACUGUUUACAAGCUGUAAUGUCUGUCAGUGCAAAAAUAAAGAAUUCUAAAAAAUAAAUAAAAUGGAACAGUAGCCAGCUGUGUUUUGGGGAUGUGCAAAUUUUUGUUUCUACAUGAAAAUGUUAUAAAUACUUCUGAUUCUCAGUAAAUACUCUCUGUUUUUUCUUUUAGACAGUCAUGAGUGGGACGGCUCAGACUGGGAUGGAUUGUUACCUCGUUACGAGCAUGGCAGCUUUAUUGCUCAUAGUGAUCCAAGGAACAUUUGGGUUUUUGGCGGAGCUGAGCAAUCACUGAAUAGAAACUGUGUUCAGGUAUUUCACCCAGGUAGGUAUCCUCUUUUGUCUAAAGGGGACACAUAUGCUUCCUUAAAAACAGGCCAGUCAUGCACACUCUUAAAUUUAACAUGUUGCUCUUCAAAUGCCAAACAAACAUUAUUGCAUAUAGCCAGACAUGUCUAAGUGGAGCACAAUGUGUGCAUGCUCACCUGUAAUUGAACGAAGAUUGAGGUUUAUGAAAGAGAAAACUAAAACUGAAUACAAAUAGUGCAACACAAUAGGUUUUUUUUAUAUAUAUAUAUAUAUAUAUAUAUAUAUAUAUAUACACACACACACACACACAAGGAAGAGAUAGAGCUUGCACACCUAGUGCUCCACUAAGACCCGUUUGUCUAUAUGCCAUUGUGUUUUUUUUUAAUUAUUUUUUAUUUAAGGUUCUGUGUGGGAUUGGAAACUCACAGAGUGUUGUUGCACGUUAUCCACUUUGUACUGUAUUUUUUUUUUUUUUUUUACUUUUCAAAUUAUUUAUUCUCCAACUUGAAAUUGUGGGGGGCAGGGCACUCCUAGUACCAUAACCCAUACAGUGCACUUUAUUGGUUAUUGUUGUUGGAGAGUGUUUCUUUAAAGGAAGCUUCUUUCAGGAGCUUCUGGCUCCAGUGAGCGGUGAUCACUGCUCAAGGGAUCCCAGAUAAGUUUUUAAAAAAUAUUCUCAAUUAGUUUCAUUACUUACCCUUGGUGAGCACCCCUGGCACACCACUGUGAGUGAGCAAUUUGCUACUAGUGGAUGUUCAAAAGUAGCAGCAGCAGAGACUUCGGGAGCUAGCAGAAAGGGAGGGGGGGGGCAAGGGGAAGAGUGUAGAGUAGCUAGGAUACGGAUACUUUGUUCUUGUUGCUGAAGUGAUUGAUAAAACACACACUUCAGGUAAUAUUCUGCAUGCACUUUGGAGGAUGGUGUCGGUUUGGGUAGGAGUGGAGACUGGCAUCAACAUGGAAGUAUUUUUUUAUAGUAAUUCAUGUAGUUUUAAAUAUGCUGAAAUCUCUGCCAAAUUGUAACAUUGUUGGAGUGCGCUGUACAUCUCACAUUCUCCAUCUUGUUGUGAAGUCAGCAAUCCCUGGAAGAAAUAAGAGUGGCAAGAAUAAUUUAACGUUGUAUGAGGGCACUUCCUCCGUAGCAACAAAAAUUAUAUAUAUGAGAACGGGGAAACUUAGAGAAACUCAAAAAUGUUCACCAUAGUGUGAAGGCUAGCCAACUCUUGCAGCAGGAGCAAAAUAAAGCUGGUCUUCCCACACAUUGUCUACAAAAGGAUGUUAGUACAUGGUGGAACUUUACUUUGGAGAUCCUGGAAAGGAUUUUGGAGCAGCAGAGAGCAAUUCAUAGCCUGGGUCUAAGACCAGUGUGUUGGUAUGUUGUCUCCACAGGGUAUGAAGGAUUGGACAAUGAUAGGUCAGCUAGUGGCAGUCCUUAAACCAUUAAGUGAUGCCAUUGAAAACUUGUGCCAUACCACUGCCAGUCUGUGACAGGUCACCCAUCUAGGGAGCAAGAUGAUGCCUUCCUUAAGAACCAAGAGGCUUUAUCUUACAUUUUGAUGGUUCUGUCAGUAGAUAGCUCCCUAAUUUGGUAUCCUUAUUUAGGACAGCCAUUUGCCAAUACCAUGUAGGGGUACCCUAGUACCUACCUGUACUACCAAUACUUUGUUAAAAUAUAGCUCCCUUAUUUAGUAUCAAUCAUAAUCAAUCAAUUUGAUUGGUUUCAUACCAGAUAAGGGAGCUAUCUGUUAAACAACCACGUCACAAUUGGUAUUGGAUUUGGUAGAGUGAUCUGGCUAGGUUUAGGCUAUGCCAAAUAAGUGUAUCAAAUUAGGGACAUCUAAAAUACUAAAUUUAGUAGGGUGGCAAAGAUUUGUUUGUGCUCACUGAAUUCCCUUCGUCCAAAUGGCAUUUUCAAAUGAAAAUAUUGAACAAGAUUAUAAUGAAAAUGCUAAACAGACAAAAUUCUUUUUGGAAGAAAAUAUAAUUAUUAUUUUUUUUUUUUUUGGACAAAAGGAAAUUUCUGUGCUGCCCAACACUAAUAAAAAUAUGAGAAGCGGUGCUCUCUACGAUGUGGAUCUCCUCCAUUGUUUAUGAAAAUUAAUCUUUAUUAAUCUCUGGCACCUGCUCAGGUUCCGAUAACUAAUUUUCACGUGUACUGUCAUUACUGACUUGCUUAACUAGCUUACAGAACACAAAGAUUGAAUUUGCAUCAGAUAUUCUUUAACCCCUUAGUGACCACGGACGUACUGGGUACGUCAGCCAAAAAAACAGUCUGUGUGUUGGGGGUUAGGGGGUGGGGGGAGUGCUGUGUGUGGGGGAGGAGUGGUAAAGAUACAUAAAAAAAAUUUAAACUAAAAUUUAAGAAUCUUUAUUCACAUUUGGUGAAGGAGAGGGGGACACAGCAUUGCUGCCAACCGGCAUCAGAGGCCCCCUCCCCCGUCAACCUAUGAAUGCUUGCCCACAGAGAGGGCUCAGCGUACCACCUGUGCCAUAGGUUCGCCAUCACUGCCCUAGGGUGUCUACUUUUCAAAAAUAUAUGGUUUGAAGGGGGUGAAUUACAUUGGCCGGCUUCAAAAAUGUCCCAAAUAGGACAUGGGUACAAAUAUUAGUGUUACAAUGUAACUUGGUUAAGUUUGAAAGAAAAUGGUUUGGAAAUAGCAAAGUGCUACUUGUACUUAUUGCCCUAUAACUUUCCAAAAAAAUGUUAACAUUGGGUAUUUCUAAACUCACGACAAAAUUUAGAAACUAUUUAGCACCGGUGUUUUUUGGCGGUUAUAGAUGCGCAACAGAUUUUGGGGGUCAAAGUUCGAAAAAGUGUGUUUUUGAAAAAAAAAAGUCAUCAUAUUUUAUAAUGUUUUUUUAUAGUAAAUUAUAGGAUAUGAUGAAAAAAAAUGGCAUCUUUAGAAAAACCAUUUAAUGGUGAGAAAAACGGUAUAUUAUAUGUGUGGGUACAGUAAAUGAGCAAGAGGGAAAAUUACAGCUAAACACAAACACUGCAGAAAUUUAAAAACAGCCCUGGUCCCAAACAGUAAGAAAAUUGAAAAGUGGUCUUGUCACUAAGGGGUUAAAAUCAUGCUAUUCGUUGAUAAGAUCUACGUCUAAAACUAUUUUGUCUAAGCAAUUUAGAAAAUGGGAAAGUGAGUGCAGUACUGAAAUUGAUAUGUGUGCCUGGGGCGAAACAUUAGUAAGAACUAAGAAAAAUGUACAAAAUAUAAUAUUGUUUGAAACACACUAUAAAGUGUGCAACAGAUGGUAUUUAGUGCCAACAAGAUUAAAUAAACUCAGUGCUAGCGAGUCAAAUAUGUGCUGGAGAUGUAAGAAGGUAGUAGGAAGCUAUCUACAUGUAUGGUGGAGUUGUGAUAAAAUAAAAAAACUUUGGGUUCAGAUUUAUAGAUUUUUAUACGAGUGUGGCAGAAUUAGAUUUGAGUUAACACCAGUAACAGCACUAUUGCAUCUGGGUUGGCCAGAUUUGACAACAUUACAAUAUUUCUUGGCCACACACAACUUUUUAGCUAAAAAUUUUGGUGGCAAGGAACUGGAAACAGUCAACUGAAAUUUGUUAUUCUCAAUGUGUAAAACAACUGACAACGCAAGUUAAAAUGGAAACAGGUAUUUGGAGGAAAAGUAAUGUAAAUAAGAAAAACUGUUAGGAGAAACAUGUUUAGAUUUGAAAAUGACAUUCACGUAAAAUAUGUACUUUAGAGUUUAAGAAGUAAAGUUAAAGGGACACUGUAGUCACUAUAAGCAUUUCAUCUCUUUGAAUUGGUUAUAGUGCCUGGAGUACCCUGGCACUGUCCCUCCAUUCAGUGUUGCACUAUGUUCGUGCAGUAUGCCACAAAAUAGGAGUCCCUGGCCACCCACAGUCCGGCCCCUUCAGUAUGUGUAGCUAAGGCAGAGAUUACACACUUCCUUGUUGUCAUACCAUCAGUUGGAACUCUGACAGGCUAAAAGCAGUCAGCUGACACUCUCAGCCAAUCACAGCUGCCCAUUUCUGCUCAGGCUAUUUCCUUAUUAGCAAAAGCAGCACAGAGGGGAUGGAUUGCCGGGGACUCUUGUUUAGCAUUAAAACAUUAAAAGUUUAAAAACUGUUUAAUGCUGAUAGAAAUGAUGGGACCAGAAGACUCCAGACACUAUAACCAGUUUAAUGAGAUGAAGCAGAUACAGUGCCUACGGUGUCCCUUUAAUAAAAAAAAAAAAAAAGAUAAGAGCGUUCCAGUCCGGCAAUUUUUUUCCCACAUUUGCAGAAUGUUGUAUGUAAUGCAAUAACAGGGAAUAUUAUACAUUUUGAAUGUUUGCUUAAUAACUGUAUGGAUGUUUUAUAAUUUUGUGUAUGUUGUAAAAACGAAUAAAGCUUAUUUAGCAAAUUGAAAAGUGGUCUGGCCACUAAGGGGUUAAGAUCAUGCAUACAGUCAUGUUUACAUUGACUACAUGUGCCCCAGAAAUACAUUAUCGACAUCAUUUAUUGCAUAACAGAACCAAAUGCGACUCCUGUAAUGUCCUGAUUUGUUAUCAUUAAUUCUUUAUGGACCAGUUAUUAAGCAAAUCCUUUUAUACUGUAACUUGUUAAUCAAGUAAUUAGUCAAUAAAAAUGGUUAACAUGCACAUUGCUAGUAUCUAUUGUUAGGAAAUACCAUGUUGUAUCCUAGCGAAACACCUUUUCUUCUCUGUAUAUAUUUUGAUAUACAAAUAAAUGUUUCUUCUGUGUUAUUAGGAAGCUCUGCAUGGAAAAGUCCAAAAGUAAAGGGAGAAGCCCCCUCUCCUAGAACUUUUCACACAUCAUCCUCUGCCAUUGGAGACAAACUGUAUGUUUUUAGUGGGGGAGAAAAAGGUGCAGAGCCUGUACAGGACACUCGGCUGCAUGAAUAUGAUGCAGGUAAUGUAAUUGGUAACUAAAGUUAUUACAUUGGAUUGAUGAUAUUUAUAGCAUACAUGAUAAAAACUCUGAAAAAAGUCUUAAAAAAAGAGCCAAACAGUUAAACUGUGUGCAGUCAAUGUGAAAUCCAUGAUUAGUAAUGCUUGUCUCUUAUUGACUGAAUGGUAUUCUAAGGCUUAAAAGCAAUGACAGGAAAUGCAAUAUGUGCUGCAUAUUUUCUGUUUGCUGCAAUAAGUAAUUUUAUUGGUAGGUUUCUAUAUAGCUACUUAUCUGACACAUAAACUGACUCGCAAGAUAUUCAUUGUUAUGCUUCUACACUUAUGUAUUCAUAGUCGUUAUGAAGCCAACUGUGAAGCCCAUACGAUGUCUCAUUCUAUUAGAAGAGAGGCAUUUCCACCCAUAAGGUGAAAGUGUCUAGAAUUGUGUAUAUAUAGAAUAACUGACUAGCCCUUAGAUAUGGGGUACAUAACAGUUUGCUCAUAUAACUAUUAAUCAGAGGGUCAGACCUGCACAAUAACCACUAGAGUCCACUGUAGCACUUAUGGUGCUAUGAGUUCCCUAGUGCUCUCCCACAGUAAGUAGUCAAGCCAUUUUUAACGUUUUAAACUUGUGAUAGUGGACUGUGUGGUUAAAGAACCAACACUAGUCGAUAGGUGGAGCGCUCAAAGUGAAAUAACUCACCCCCCUCUUAGGUUUUGUGGAAAAACCUAGAGGUGGGGAUGAGAUAAAAUAGGGUAGAAUCGUGUAAUACGUAAUAAGUAACAAUGGAGUGGUAAUAGAAAUAUAUGGACCCACUCACAUGGUGCUGAGCCUCAGUAGGACAGGCUCAGAUCACUUGGGCAGGCGUGUUUAGGAUAACACGAAACCUACAGCUGAUGAGAGUCAUGCUGUUCCUUUAAAAAGACAAAAGACCGAAUCUGGUGCAGUAUGUAGGUGAAUUUCCAGUAUAUAUGGUGAAGUAAACAGAACUGCUCACCUUAUUCAGAGCCUAAAACUUGGCUCUGAGUAUGAUAAUGUUUGUGUCAAUAAGGGGACACAAAACCCUGUAGGAGGGGGGGGCGGGGCCUGACCGCCGAGCAGACUGGCCGUACGAGAAUCUACAAAUAACCGACUUAUUCCUAACUCUCCACACUGAAUUUACUAAUCUGAAGCAGCAGAGAACUGGUGUUACCCCGAGACCCAAUUGGCGGGACCGCCGGGCUCGGAGUGGCACCUUAAAGUGGACACAGAGUUGCGGCCUACCAGCAGAUGCAGGCGCGGGAGAGGCGGCCGACCUCCCUGCCGCGGUUCUGCGGGACAACGCUGCGGCGAAUAGGGCUCCGUACACCCCCCCUUGCCGGUGAGGGAUAUCCCGGCAUUACCAAUCGACUGAUAAGCUAACAGGCUCUGCCUCAAGACGACAAGUGGGACUUACCUGAUCCGGACGCACUGCACUGAAACACAGUCAAAGCCAAAAUGGUGACUACCUUACCUCUAACAUGCGGCCUGCUGGAGAAUUAUGACCAGCGGCUGGACGCACUGUGUAAAGACUUCUGGCAGAAACUAUGGUGCAGAGGGGCACAAACUACUGGGAAGACCAACAAGCGACGGCACUCCCCUCCUGGUGGCCUGAAACACAAGCGGGCGGACCUCGGACAACCCAUCCAGCCCCCAAAACACAGAAAUCAGGAGAGAAAAGAGACAACCAAAGAACCACAACUGGCCCAGAGUCACCCAAAGCUAUUUACUUAAUAUACUUAACUACGACUCUUCAGAUCUGCUGUUCCUUAUGAUUGAAGCACCGGCCUAGUUUUUCAAGCAGACUUGUUUGUCCCAGCACUUGAAACACUGCAGUAGUAUACAGCAAAGCAACUUCAUCCACACACAUGCGAACCUACAUUGCAGUAACAUUUCACCAUUGUUAAGCCUGUUAUGUUGAUCUUGCUUAUUUGUUUAAAAAAAAAAUUAAAAAUAAAUGUGCACCUACUCUUGCCACUGUUAAGCUUGUAUAGAUGUAUGUAAGUACGCUGUUUUGGCGUUGGAUACUGACAUGUACCUACCUGCACAAUGAAAAUAAAGAAUUUAAAAAAAUAAAAUAAACCCUGUAGGUGGUAUGAGGAACACUGGAUGCUCACGUCCACAGGAAGGAGUUGGAUAAAAUAAAAUGUAUUUAAAGUAUAAAAACACUAAUACAAAAUAAAAUAACUGCAUAAAAACAGUAAUACAAGUAAUAUAUAUUUCACUGUUAGAUUCUUCCUUUUCCGAUUUUAUUUAAAUGUAAUAUUUUUCUUGUCUUCUAAUCCAUAUCCUUAUUUAGUGCUGUAGUAUCAUUGUAAAUAUAACAUUACAAUAAUCACUUCGCCCUCAUCAUUUCUAAUUUUUAUUAUAUUUGGACAGCCUCCAUGACAUGGACUCAGCCAAUGACAUUUGGGAACCCACCUGCUCCUCGCCAUGGUCAUGUCAUGAUAGCAGUAGGCACAAAGCUGUUCAUACACGGUGGCAUGGCAGGUAGUGCGUUUUUUGAUGACAUGUUCUGCAUUGACACAGGUAAAGGUCUGCCUCUCCAAUGGAUUAUAUAUUGCUUUACUGCUUUAUUAUAUACAAUGAUAACUUUUUAUUGUAGCAACAGUAUUUAAAAGACAAGCUUUCAAUAGUUAUCCUCUCUUCCUCAUGUAUGAAGCAAUACUGAAGAAUGUAAUAGUUUAACACUUUGAAACUACUGAUCUUGGCCUCAAUGUAAUAUUCUUGUAUAAGCUUUUCAAAUGAUUUAAUGUUUUUGUAUAAACUUUUUAAAAUUAUUUUUACAAAAUAUUAAAAUACCUAAAAAUAUCACAGAAAAAAAAAUGAUCACAAUAUUAAAAUGUGUUUUAUAACAUUCAACUGUUUUAAAAGUUUAUCCAAAAAUAUUAAUUCAUUUGAAAAGUGUAUCUAACAAUAUACAAUCGAGGCCCUUGUUAGAGAUUGGGAGGAGGUGGGCCAGAGGGGUUGUAAAUAGCCAGACACUAGUCUUCCUGACACUCUGGGGGAGACUGGGGACACACACUAUGAUUUUCAAAAUUAAUGCAGUAGAACAAUUCAUUGGAAGUGCUGGUUUUAGUACCGUACAUAGCUCUCCUGUCAGUCUGGGGCCACUAACCGUAGCAUAUGAUAAUUUAAAAAUCCUCUUGGCAGCCCAUGCUCCCCACAGUGGUCUGUCCCAAAUAUAUGAUGCUGAUGAGAGGUUUCUGCAAUGUAACCAGAUAAGCAGUAAUUAAGAUUCUCAGAAUUUAGAUUUUUAGUGUAUGCAUUUAUUUAGUAAUUGGGCCAUCCAGGUGUCCUCCCAAACAGGCAGUUAUUUUAAACCUAUAUGGAAGCUAGAUAUAUACAGACACCCCAAGCUAGAAGAAUUCUAGACUCCCUGAAUGGGGAGCCGACUCUCCUCUCUAUUCUUUUUGUUUCUUGCUAUAUGGAAGCUAGGUUAGCUUUUUUUAUGAAAAUUGUAUUCUCGCCCACUUCACCAAAGUUAAUGAUGGCUGCCUCCAGCAUCAACCGAUAAUCCGUUAACUAAAAGUAACCAAGGAAAUAAUAGACAUCGUAGUUUUGGGAGUCUAAAUAAAAAGCAUUUGUGUUUUGGCAGGUACAAGGAAAUGGGAGCAUCUGAAAUUGAAGGGAGAUGUUCCUCCUGCCUGUGCGGCCCAUUCUUCUGUAGCCUUGAAAACCUAUAUUUAUAUCUUUGGUGGAAUGACUGAGUUGGGACCAGUGAAUACCAUGUACCAGUUUGACACAGGUAAGUUAGUAUAUGGUGUAUUUCAAGUCUUAGCAGGUGAUUGCAUUCAUAUUAUUUUUUUACAGAAACCUUUACUUUUUCUUUAAAAAACAUUAACAGAAAUUAGCAAAUGUUUUCUAGAUGGCAUUUCAUGGAAUUAAUUUUCUAAGUAGUAUUUCACCAAUAAAUAUUACAAAAAUAAUCUUACCCCUCCUAAUGGUAUGAUUUAAUAUGUUAGCCUGUCCGUAUAACUGGGCCUAGUGGUCAAUUGUGUUUAUGCAUUCUGUUCUGGGUGGAACUUAAUAAAGUUUAAAAGAUGGACCAAUUCAUCAGCAUCAAGGGAAAUGUCACAGAACAGGCCCUCUAAUGGAAAAGGAAUCACUCAAAUCCAUAUUUUCCCUAGCUAGUGAAUUAAAGGACCACUCUAGGCACCCAGACCACUUCAGCUUAAUGAAGUGGUCUGGGUGCCAGGUCCAGCUAGGGUUAACCCAUUUUUUCAUAAACAUAGCAGUUUCAGAGAAACUGCUAUGUUUAUGAAUGGGUUAAGCCUUCCCCUAUUUCCUCUAGUGGCUGUCUCAUUGACAGCCGCUAGAGGCGCUUGCGUGCUUCUCACUGUGAUUUUCACAGUGAGAGCACGCCAGCGUCCAUAGGAAAGCAUUAUGAAUGCUUUCCUAUGUGACCGGCUGAAUGCGCGCGCAGCUCUUGCCGCGCGUGCGCAUUCAGCCGCGGGGCGGAGGAGGAGGAGAGGAGGAGGAGAGCUCUCCGCCCAGCGCUGGAAAAAGGUAAGUUUUAAACCCCUUUCCAGAGCCGGGCGGGAGGGGGUCCCUGAGGGUGGGGGCACCCUCAGGGCACUAUAGUGCCAGGAAAACGAGUAUGUUUUCCUGGCACUAUAGUGGUCCUUUAAAUGAUUUAUUUCAUUUUACAUUCUUACAUUCUAAGCAUUUUUUUACAAGGCAUUUAGCUUGUAGCCUGAUUAUAAACAAUGUAUGUGACCUCUCUGAUCACAUUAGAGUUUGUAGAAGGAAUGUUGUCCUUCAAAGUAUUUUUUAGAUGACAUUUAGAAUCUUCUCAUUUCUGCUACAUCCAUAGCAAAUAUGAUGGGGGGAGAUUUCAACACAGGACUUGAGCCUUAUCAAAGGGUAGUGUUAUGUACAGGGCCGGAUUAACAUAGGGGCUGAUGGAGCUGCAGCUCCAGGCCCAGGCCCAGGCCCAGGCCCAGGCCCAUGGAAUAGGCCCAUCUAAAAAAAAAAAAAAAAAAAUUUUUUUUUUUUUUUUUUUACACACUACUCUUAGGUUUCCCACCUGACUGGUAUUUUACUGGCACAGCCGGUAUUUGAGGCUGCCUGGCCGUGCCGGUAUUGCAGUAAUACCAGCAAUACAAUUGCAGGUAUUUUUCUCAGAAUAAAUGGAGAUUACUCUGCAAUACCAGCACCAGCCAAUAGGGGUCACUGUGUGGAGAGAGGCAGGGAUAGGAAGUUACAGCAUAUCCCUGCCUCUCUCUACUACUUACUGAUCCAUGGGGGAGCAGCAACACAGCACAGAGUCCAGACAGCAGCUCUACAGCUCAGGUAAGUGAGGGAUGGGGACACUGGGGGACACAUGGGGACACUGAGACACUAGGGGACACAUGUGGACACUGAGACACUAGGGGACACUGAGACACUAGGGGACAUAUGGGGACACUGAGACACUAGGGGACACAGACUCUAGGGGACACAUGGGGACACAGACACUAGGGGACACUGAGACACUAGGAUACAUGGGGACACAGGCACUGGGAGACCUGGAAACACUGAGACACUUGGGGACACUGGAAAAUAUGGGGACACUGAGACACUAGGGGACACUGGGACACAUGGGAAUAUUGAGAGACACUGAGACAUUGGGACAUGGAGACACUAUGUCCCCAUUUCUCCCCAUGUCCCCCAUCCAGUGUCGCUAGUGUCUCAGUGUCCCUAAGUCUCACAGUGUCUGUGUCCCGUGUCUCUCAGUGUGCCUAGUGUCCCCAUGUGUCCCAGUGUCCCUAUAUGUCCCAGUGUCCUCAUGUCUAUGUCCACAACUGUCCCCAAGUCUCCCAGUGUCCCCAUGUCUCUGUGUCCCUAGUGUCUUAGUGUCCCCAAAUGUUUAAGUGUCCCUAUGUCUCCCAGUCUCUGUGUUCCUAGUGUCUCAGUGUGCCUUGUGUCCCCAUGUCUCCCAGUGUCCCUAUAUGUCCCAGUGUCCCCAUGUCUAUGCCCACAACUGUCCCCAUGUCUCCCAGUGUCCCCAAGUGUCUGUCUUCCAGCCAGUGUCCCAUGUCUCCCAGUGUCCCAUAGUCUCCCAGUGUCUGUGUUCCCAUGUCUCUGUGUCCCUAGUGUCUUAGUGUCCCCAAAUGUUGCAGUGUCCCCAUGUCUCCCAGUGUCUGUGUCCCUGGUGUCUGUGUCCCCAUUUCUCCCAGUUUCCCUAAAUGUCUCAGUGUCCCCAUGUCCCCAUGUCUCCGUGUCCCCGGGUCUCUGUGUCCCCAUGUCUCACUGUGUCCCCAGUAUCCUAGUGACAUGGGGACACACUGAGACAUGGGGACACACUGAGACAUUGGGACACUGGGAGAAAUGGGGACACUGAGACACUGGGAGACUAGGGGACUGGGCGACAUGGGGACACUGACACUGUGAUACAUAGGGACACUGAGACACUGGGUGACUUGCGAGACUGGGACACUGGGAGAAAUGGGGACACUGAGACACUGGGAGACUAGGGGACUGGGCGACAUGGGGACACUGACACUGUGAUACAUAGGGACACUGAGACACUGGGUGACUUGCGAGACUGAGACACUGGGAGCAAUCCAUCUUUACAGCAGAAUCAAACUGUGAGUAGUUUGUUGGUGAUUUUACAGAAUUUUCUCUGAUGUCACUCCUUGUGAUUAUACAAAUUAUUAAGGCUGGUAUUUUUUUUCCAAGAAAGGUGGCAACCCUAACUACUCUUCACAUACUCUUGCUUAAAGGAGCACUAUAGGAUCAGGAACACAAUCAUGUAUUUCUGACUCGAUUAUUUAAAAACCAACACCCUGGCCCCUUCUUGCCUCCCUAAGUAUAGUAAAAUAUAACUUGUAUUCAAGUCUGCAGCUGCUGGCUCUGCCUCUGAAUUCACUGUCUACUGACAUCAUCAGAAGUGGUGGUCUGAGCAAAUUACAAUACUUCCCCAUAGGAUUGGCUGAGACUGUCAACUAGGCAGAUCAGGGGCAGAGCCAGCACAAGUCUAACAUAGCCCUGGCCAAUCAGCAUCUCCUCAUAAAGAUAAAUUGAAUCAAUGUAUCUCUAUGAGGAAAUUUCAGUGUCUGCAUGCAGAGGAUGGAGACACUGAAUGGCAGUGCUGCACACUAGGCAGUACUGCCCCAGGAAGCACCUCUAGCAGCCAUCUAAGGAGUGGCCAGUGGAGUUAUUUUCUCUGAAAAGACAGUGUUUACUGCAAAAGGCCUGAAUGGAAUGAUUCUACUUACCAGAACAAAUACAAUAAGCUGUAGUUCUUCUGGUGACUAUAGUGUCCCUUUAAGUUUGGAAGCUUAAGAGGGAUGUAUGGGAACAAAACUUGUGUGGACUAGCUGACAAUAAAAUUAGUUUAGGUAAUGCAGACGCUGGUCUCUCUAACACUGUGGCAUGUCCCCUUUCUUCUACACUCACUACAUACACUACACUCACUACAAACACUACACUCACUACAUACACCUUUACUCUGUCUCAGACUAUAUACCAGGAACUUCUGCCUGCUAGUAAGAAGGUAAGGAGACAAGUGGACCAGCGUGUGCUAGGGGACAGUCCUUAGAAAGCACGGAGUGAGCGCAUCAUUAGAUGCAUUUAUGUCAAGCUCAUGGUGCUGCCUGCAUAGUAUGCCCUUAGUUGGACAGCCUGCAGGAUUGGCGGGCAGCCUGACAUGCAUUCAUGCCAGGCUGUCCUUCAAAUUCUUUGGACAGACAUGCCCCCUUUUUGGGCAUGUUCACCCCAUUUGGCAGGUCUGGUCACGUGAUUUGCACCAGUGGCACACCCUUUUACCUCGCCCAUUGACUUCCUAUUUCACUGGACAUUGCUGUUAGGGGUUAUGGAUUUACUUGAAAGAUGAAAACAUAAAUUAGAGAGAGAUUAGCAUAGAGUAUGUGUUUUCAUAUAGCUGCAUCCUUUGAUUUUCCUUCUAACACCAUCUCCAUCAGAUACAUGACGCUUGGGAGGUAUGACUGUUUUAGUGUUUUUGGUUGAAAAGAUUCCGUAAUUAGGCCCAUCAUAUUUGUCAGCACCAUGCCCAGUAUGCUCUUAAUCCGGCCCUGGUUAUGUAGCAUACCUUAACCAUACUCAACAUCCUUAACUUUAUCAGUGUUUGUUUUCUGGAAUGCCUGACAGAUUAUUUUAUUUUUUUUUGCCUCCUACAGAAUCAUUAUUUUGGACCAAGAUGAAAUUUGAAUCACCAUGUCCACAAGCACGUUUAGAUCAUUCUAUGUGUCUACUGCCAUGGAAAAUACGAACUGAACUUUCUAGCACAGAAAAACCUCAUAUUAAACCAAAGGACAAUGGAGACACAAAUGAUCAUUGUGAUAAAGACUUGGAAUGCAGUAAACUGGACAAGGUGCCCCUCUGUUUAAUAUUUGGUGGCAUGAAUAUCAGUGGAGACCUAUACAAUGACUGUUGUGUAACUUUACUGCAAAAUUAAAACUAGACAUUUUAUAUGUUUUAAUGACUGUAUAAAGUAGACUGAAUAUACUUCCAAAUGUCUGAAAUUCUGGGUUCUUUCAUACAGCUUUUUAAAAGGGUGGUUAAACAACCAUUUCAAGUACUCUCUGUAACAUUUGGUAACUUCUGGAAAUCCUUUGUGAACACAAAAGCUUUAUUUUUUAAUUAAACAUAUAUGGAAGAAUCAAAGUCUUCUCCUGCACAAAGCCUUCAAGAGGAAAAUUAAAGUGUUUAGGAUCUAUAAAAGCACAUACAGGGUUACUCACAAAGUAGAAUUGCAGUAAAUUGGAAACCAAAUUGCAAAAUUGUAGUCAACAGUAACAUAUUUAGAAAUAUUCUGCUUGGCUAUAUUUACUGUUGGCCUAUAUUAACCUGGAUUUUGAAAUUCUGUUUUUGAUUCAUUAUAGUGAAUAAUUCCCUGUAGUGUAUAUUGUUGGGGACUCGAAGAACAUUUCAAAUUUGGGGGUAAACCAUAUUAGAGUGUGUGUGUGUGUGUAUCUGCCAUAGACAAAAAGCAGUAGUGUGUUGCUAUUCUUUCAAAGGCCAUCAUCUAUGACAUUAUCCUGG